AUCCUUCAAAACCUAACAAUUUCAAUUUCAACUAAAGGAGAUAGCGAGAACCCAACAGCUUUUUUGCUCUCUUCCUUUGAAUGAUUUCAAUGUCGUGUGUCCCAAAACAUUUGGUCGAAGAAGAAGAAGAAAAUACCCAAAUCAAAACCGAACUCCAUGACCACGGUGAUAUUCCUGUUCGUUACGCCUCUCUUGAGAGCGUCUACUCCGUUUCUUCUUCCUCGUCUUCAUUGUGUUGUAUUAGCGCGGCUGGUUCACACAAGAAGGUCAAUGCCCAGAAGAACCCAAUGAGUGAUAGUUUUGAGUUGCAGCCUCAUCGGCGUCCGGAGAUUGUUCACGUCUAUUGUCGCCGUAAGAGGAGGAGGCGGCGGCGGAGGGAGUCUUUCGUUGAGUUAGCAAUACUUCAGAAUGAGGGAGUGGAGAGAAAGGAUGUGAUUGUGAAGAUUGAAAAUGCGGAGCUUGAUGAGGAGGAGGAGGAGGAGAAGAAGAAGAAGAAGCAGAAGAAAAGGAGGAUUGGUAAUGGUGAGCUCAUGAAAUUGGGUGUGGAUUCAACUACUUUAAGCGUCUCUGCUACCCCGCCUUUACGGGGAUGUCGAAUUAAAGCUGUGUGUAGCGGAAAUAAACAAGAUGGAUCUUCCCGGAGUAAGAGGAGUUUUGUCAAAAAUCAGGAGAAGGUAGUCUCAGCUUCUGCUACAGCUAAGAAAUGGGUCAGGUUGAGUUAUGAUGGUGUCGAUCCUAAAAAUUUCAUUGGGCUGCAAUGCAAGGUUUUUUGGCCAUUGGAUGCUGUUUGGUAUCCUGGUUCUAUCAUGGGAUAUAAUGUAGAAACAAAGCAUCACAUUGUUAAAUAUGGAGAUGGAGAUGGCGAGGAAUUAGCUCUUCGUCGUGAAAAGAUCAAAUUUUUAAUUUCUCGUGACGAGAUGGAGUUGCUAAACAUGAAGUUUGGUACUAAUGAUGUCGCCGUUCAUGGUCAAGAUUAUGAUGAACUGGUUAUAUUGGCUGCUUCUUUUGAGGAUUGUCAAGAUUUUGAGCCUAGAGACAUCAUAUGGGCGAAACUAGCAGGUCAUGCUAUGUGGCCAGCAAUUAUUGUUGAUGAGUCUGUUAUUGUAAAGCGGAAAGGUCUAAACAACAAGGCAUCUGGAGGAAGAUCUGUCCUCGUACAGUUUUUCGGCACCCAUGAUUUUGCUAGAAUACAAGUCAAACAAGCGGUCUCAUUUCUUAAAGGGCUUCUCUCACGGUCUCCCCUGAAGUGUAAGCAACCUCGGUUUGAAGAGGCUAUGGAGGAAGCAAAAAUGUACCUAAAAGAAUAUAAGCUUCCAGGAAGGAUGGAUCAACUUCAAAAAGUUGCUGAUACUGAUUAUUCGGAAAGGACUAAUAGUGGAGAAGAGGAUAGCUCAAACUCGGGUGAUGAUUACACUAAAGAUGGAGAAGUCUGGUUGCGACCAACAGAACUUGGAGAUUGCUUGCAUAGAAUAGGCGAUCUGCAAAUAAUCAAUCUUGGAAGGAUCGUGACAGACUCAGAAUUUUUCAAGGAUAGUAAGCAUACUUGGCCUGAAGGGUAUACAGCUAUAAGAAAAUUUAUAUCACUAAAAGAUCCUGAUGCAUCUGCCAUGUACAAGAUGGAAGUGCUUAGAGAUCCCGAGUCAAAAACUCGUCCUGUUUUCAGAGUUACAACCAACAGCGGUGAGCAGUUCAAAGGGGACACUCCAUCUGCCUGCUGGAAUAAAAUAUAUAAUAGGAUAAAAAAGAUUCAGAGUGCUUCUGAUGGUCCUGAUGGUUUGGGUGAAGGACUUCAUGAAUCUGGUACAGAUAUGUUUGGCUUCUCCAACCCAGAAGUCGAUAAACUUAUUCAGGGGCUAUUACAAUCUAGACCACCUUCCAAGGUUUCUCAGCGCAAAUAUAGUUCCGGAAAGUAUCAAGAUCAUCCUACUGGUUACCGACCUGUACGGGUGGACUGGAAAGAUCUUGAUAAGUGCAAUGUCUGCCACAUGGAUGAGGAAUAUGAGAACAAUUUGUUCUUGCAAUGUGAUAAAUGCAGAAUGAUGGUCCAUACUAGAUGCUAUGGGCAGCUAGAACCCCGUGAUGGCAUUCUGUGGUUAUGCAACUUAUGUCGUCCUGGCGCUCUUGAUAUUCCUCCUCGAUGUUGUCUUUGUCCUGUAGUAGGGGGUGCUAUGAAGCCGACAACUGAUGGGCGCUGGGCUCAUCUGGCGUGUGCCAUAUGGAUCCCAGAAACCUGCUUAUUGGAUGUCAAGAAGAUGGAACCGAUCGAUGGGGUUAAGAAAGUCAAUAAGGAUCGUUGGAAAUUGUUGUGCAGCAUCUGUGGUGUAUCUUAUGGAGCUUGUAUCCAAUGUUCGAAUAGUUCUUGUCGAGUGGCAUAUCAUCCACUAUGUGCACGAGCUGCUGGUCUCUGUGUUGAGCUUGCAGAUGAGGAUAGGCUUUUUCUUCUAUCAAUGGAUGACGAUGAAGCAGAUCAGUGCAUCCGCCUGCUUUCAUUUUGCAAGAGGCAUCGACAAACAUCAAAUGACCACUUAGAAACAGAGUACAUGAUCAAACCAGCUCAUAACAUUGCCGAGUAUCUCCCACCUCCUAAUCCAUCUGGCUGUGCUCGCACUGAGCCAUAUAAUUAUCUUGGAAGAAGAGGACGUAAGGAACCUGAAGCUCUUGCUGGUGCUUCUUCAAAACGAUUAUUUGUUGAGAAUCAGCCGUACAUUGUUGGUGGAUACUCUCGACAUGAAUUUUCAACCUACGAACGCAUUUAUGGAUCAAAGAUGUCACAAAUAACUACUCCAAGCAAUAUUCUAUCUAUGGCUGAGAAAUAUACAUUCAUGAAGGAAACGUACAGGAAGAGACUAGCAUUUGGGAAAUCGGGAAUUCAUGGUUUUGGGAUCUUUGCAAAGCUUCCGCACAGGGCGGGAGAUAUGAUGAUUGAGUACACUGGUGAACUUGUUAGGCCACCAAUAGCUGACAAGAGAGAGCAUCUUAUAUACAACUCAAUGGUGGGUGCUGGGACCUAUAUGUUUAGAAUUGAUAAUGAGCGAGUCAUAGACGCAACAAGGACAGGCAGCAUUGCCCACCUCAUCAAUCACUCAUGUGAGCCAAAUUGCUAUUCAAGAGUCAUUAGUGUUAAUGGUGAUGAGCAUAUUAUCAUAUUUGCAAAGAGAGAUGUUGCAAAAUGGGAGGAGCUGACCUAUGACUAUAGGUUCUUUUCAAUUGAUGAGCGCCUUGCAUGUUACUGUGGUUUCCCAAGAUGCCGGGGUGUUGUUAAUGACACAGAAGCCGAAGAACAACAGGCAAAUAUUCAUGCUUCUCGCUCUUCGGAGUAUGAUGCUUCUGUAGUUCAGUUUACUUGUGUCCAAAUGUCAAAACCUCUCAAGUUCCUUCUUUGGUCAUCUCUUGCUCUAUUGCUUCUUCAGAUAGGUUCUGGGGCAAUAUGUGAGAGCAAAAGCAGCGAACCCGCGGUGAGGCAGACACAGGUGAAGUGGAGAGAAGGAAAGAAGUUCAGAGUGGAGGUAAUGAACAAAUGUCCUAUGUGUCCAAUCAUCAACCUUCGUCUGAAAUGUCAAGGAUUUCCUCAGUCGCUUGUGGACCCCACACUCCUCCGCGUUCUCUCCUCUUCCACCGGAAACUGUGUCGUUAACGAUGGCCUGCCACUGAGUCCAAUGCAGACUCUCUCCUUCAACUACUCCAACUCACACCAGUUUGCUCUGCGCCCUCUUUCUUGGUCUUUUCAGUGCGAGUAAAUCAAUAAGUUAGUUAAGUCAAUAAAAUGUUCAUCAUCAA